AUGGCUGAUGAACCGCGACGCUCCGGUCGCUCGACCAAAGGCCAACACAAGAACCUCGAUCUGGUUCCCGAUACUCCGAAGAAAUCGAAGACCAAAGCCCAGGCCAAGGACAAACCGCCCAAACCCUCCGCCGAACCAACACCAGCUCCCAGUGAAGAGGAGGAAGAAGAGAUCAUUCGAUGCAUAUGUGGGGAGUACGAAGAGGAGGAAGAUGUGGAACGAGACAUGAUCUGCUGUGACCAGUGUUCAGCCUGGCAACACAACGAUUGCAUGGGUCUCACCUUCGCCAAAGGAGAGGAGCCCGACGAAUAUUUCUGCGAACAAUGCAAACCCGAAAACCACAAAGUCCUGUUGGAAAAGAUCUCGCGCGGCGAGAAACCGUGGGAAGAGGUGGCGGAAAGGCGGCGCAAGGAAGCCGAAGAGAAGAAGCAGUCACGCCGCAGGAAGAGCAAGAAGGGCGGCAGGCGAGGCAGACCGAGCGAGGCAAAGACUGAUAGCAGCACGCCCGCUCGUGCUGCUACUUCCACGACGCCUGCUCCUGCCACUUCUACCCCGACUCCUGCUCCUGCUCCUGCUCCUGCUCCACCACCUCCUGCUGCUCCUGUUGCUGCUCCCGUUCCCGCCCCUGCUACUCCCACGCCGCCAGCUGUCACACCAGGCCCCGAGGAGAAUGGUGUCUCACUGAAAGCGCAACCCGCAGGCUCACAAAAACGUAAACAUGAAGAGAAUGAUGAAGGACCGGCACACGGUUCGGGAUCGAAACCGAAGAAGCAACAAAAGAUUUCCCCUCCCACAAAGACACCGACACCUCCAACUACGAACUCGGUCCCGAUUAAGGACGAGACCAAUGAACCAUCGUCACGCCGAAGCUCAGAAGUGGUGAAGACGACGGCUGAAGACUUGGGCACUAUAGAAGAGAUCUCGAACACUGCGCGGAAGGGUGCGGCCACCGCUCUAUACAGGCUGUUGAUGGAUCAGAUUUCUGGGGCUCAGAAGCGAUCGUCUUUCAAAUUGCCCGCUGGGAAGUCGACGGAGGAUGUCGCACGGCAACUCGCUCUCUCUAUCGAGAAUGCAAUGUACCAGAAUAUCUGCGGAGGAGCGGGAGAACCCACGGAGCCGUAUAGGUCACAAUUGCGGACGAUACUGUUUAACGUAAAGAAGAACACUUCUCUACGCGAUCGUCUGCUCGUAGGUAAUUUACAGGCCGAUGCUCUUUCUAAAAUGAGCUCCCAGGACAUGGCCAGUGAGGAACUGCAGCAACGAGAUGCCGAGAUCAAGCGGGAGGCCGAACGACAGCACAUCAUCGUACAGGACCAAGGCCCGCGCAUUAGACGGACCCAUAAGGGCGAGGAACUCGUGGAGGAUGACAACCAGAAUGUGGCCAGCGAGCCAGUUUUCUCCUCGGCCCCGGCUCGUCGUAGCCUGGCCGAUGUCGAUGACAGUCCUGGUCCAGCGAGUCCUGGCAACCAACAACCAUCCGACGUGGACGGCGCUCGAAAACCGUCGGUUGAUACUAAAUCGACUCACGAUGAGCAUUUCCCCCCACGAGGUCACUCUCCUGGUGGCACCAACCAUGAGCAGGUCUUCCCCGAGAUGGCAGCUCAUAUCCGCGAGCCGGUGCCCACUGGCAAGGUCCAGGCCGAUGCCGAAAUUGAUCAGCUGUUGAAGGACGACGAACCCGAUUCGCCGCCUUACUCACCCAAGGACUAUCAUGAUGAAGGCGCCAUCUGGCGUGGCAAGGUUAUCAUGAACCCGAUUGCGGAGUUCUCGUCGUCUGCAAAGCACGUUGGAGGUGCCGAUUUAAGUGGACGGAUUCCAUGGAGCCAACUUGUUCCGUCUACAUUACUCAUCGAUGGGCGAAUCGAUGUCCAGCUGGCCAGCAACUAUCUGUGCGGUCUUCGUUUCAGUUCCUCCACCGAUGUGUCCGUUGUCUCUAUAAGCGCCCCUGAACACCCGAAGGAACGAGCCGGAUUCGACAAGCUCUUCAACUAUUUCCAAGAUCGCAAGAGAUACGGUGUGAUUGGCAAGCACCCUUUGCCAGCCGUUAAAGAUACCUAUCUCAUCCCCAUUGAAGCUCAGUCUACCAAGAAGCCCGAGUUCAUCGAGCUGCUGGAGAACAACUCGCUCGAGGAUCCCACGCCGGAGCGUGUUCUCCUCGUUGUCUUUGCCGUCAAGACUGGCGAUUCCAAUCCGCCCUCCGUACAACCUCCUUCCCACUACUCUAGCCAGGAGCCUGCGGCUUCGGCCAGUCCAUUGACCGUUGGCGCGCCGACACCUCAUCAACCCCAGUUCCUCACCCCGGGACCACGGGGUGCAUCUCACACGCCCGCGACGCCGUCGCCUUUUGACGGAACUGCGCAGGCACCCAUCCCAUAUGGUCAACCGCAUCAGCACCAGCAAUUCCCGUCCACGCCGCAAUACCCAUAUCAAUCGCCCGCUUCUCAGACUCAAGCUCCCGUUACUGGCAUCGCAGCUGCCGUACAAGUCCUGGGCGCCCAGGCCAGCUCACCUGCAAUCCAACAACUGUUACAGAAAGCGCCCAGUGUGGACGUGUCGCAGCUGAGUGUGGUUCGAGAUAUUCUCUUACGGCGACCGGACACCGCUGCGAAUUAUGACCUGUUGACGCAGGAGCUCUUUGAAGCCACCACUAACGGAAAUGGUGUGCAACAAUAA